ACAGGGAGUACCUGAAGGUGUUUGACAACGUGCCGUUUAUGCCCGGUGCUGAGCGCCUUGUGCGGCACCUACACCGACACGGCAUACCCAUAGCCAUCGCCACGAGUAGUAAAAAGCAUACGUUUGACAUGAAAACCAAGGACUUGAAGGAUGUAUUCAAACUGUUUCACCACAUAUUGAUCUGUUCGGACGACCCCGAGAUUACCAGAGGAAAGCCCGACCCCCAGUCCUAUCAGGUAUGUGUGGCUCGGUUUGACUUGAAACCCAAAUCCAUGUCCAAUGUGUUGGUCUUC